ACCAAAUAACUGCGAGUCUAACUGUUCCGGAAUCCUUCUCUUCCAGACAGGACACACGCGAAGGAGAGAGCGAGCGAGACACGACACAACGCGUCGCCCCCAAGACCCCACUCUUUAAAGGGACGCGACGGGGGUGCCAUGACACUCUCCGGCUCUAGGGCCUCCGCCUCCCCCCUUAAGAGGAUGGUGACACCAGGGACGUCGCGCCGAGCCCUUAGAGAUUUGUGCCUUUGACGACCCUUCUCCUGGACUCUGUUAUCUCGAACGAACGACUACCAUGGAUGGGAAGGUCGUCCCCCCUACCCUGCCCACGUUCGGGCACUCGACGGUCUAUGUGUACCCGACAAUCUCGCCCAGGGUCGUUGUGGUGCCCAUCCUCUCCUGUAUUUUCGGCUUCCCUGUUCUCGUCCUGCUGGUGAUCUGCGGCCUCCGUUACCGGGCGAGGCGGGCGAGGACUGCAGCCAAGAAAGCUCAUACCGUCGAGCCUUCCAUUAUGGAGUUGUCUUCGGGGCCUUCCAUUCUGUCGGGGCGGUGUAGCAACGAUUCAAGCCGAUGCCGGAGAUCGACCUCGACACCGUGGUGGAGGAGAAGUCGGAGUUCGACGCCGAGGUCACGGCCUCCGACCUCCUGACGACCCCCGAGGAGUUCGUGGUGCCCGAGGACAACACCCCCGCGUCCUUUAGGGCUUAUCGCUACAUGGGCGUGGUGCACGGCAGCGCCCCGCCCGCGCCGCCCGCGCUGAGGGCGUCCCCCAUGAGAAGCCCCCGCGCCAGCGCCGCCCUCGACCAUCUGGCAGAGGAGUCCGCGGACGGCGACAUGACCAUGGAGGUGCGGGAGGGCUGCAUCAUCAUGACGGACUGCUCGGAGGAGCCGGGCGCGGACGGGCGCUCGGAGGAGUCGCUGGCGGGCAAGGACGCCGGGGCGGGCGAGGGGGUCGGCGGCGAGGUGGUGGGCAGCAGCGGGAGCAGUGACAGUGACACGGCGGCCUGCUUCUCCCUCUCGCCCAAGCAGGUGACCAAGUCCCCGACGGCGGUGCACCUCGCCCUCAAGAAGCUCGACGGCGUGAUGAAGAGGCGCCACUCCAGCCCAGUCAAGGUCAACCUGGCCAAGAGCAGGCUAAGGGAGGGUCGACCAAGGUGCGGCGCAGCCACACCAUGGAGACCGAGGGCCAGGCGCUCAAGAAGAUCAGCUGCGACUACAUCGACCGCGAGCUUAUGCCGGACCUGUCGCCUCGCGCCAACACCGUCAAGUAUCGGCGUCCGGCGUCGUUCUCGAGCAAGCGGCGCGGCGAGUCGCUCAAGGUGAAGACCAAGAGCCUCUCCAAGAGCAACCCGCAUGUGCUGGCGCUGCCCGACGGCCAGCCGGGCGCCCACGAUGCGGAGUGGGUCUCGGCCACGCGCUCCGUGCAGAGCCGCCUCUCCCGCUGCGACGUAAACGAGUCCAGGUGCCUGGUCACGCCGGCCUGGGGCUGUGCCGUCACGGUGCACAGCGACAGCGGGUGCGACGUGGAGAGCCCCAGGGCGUGGUCGGUCAGCAGCCCGCGGAGAGCCUCGUGCCGCGGCGAGGGCGCCCCGAGGGAGGCGUGCACGGCCGUGGCGCUCAGCUCGGAGGAUGAAGUCGUCAAGUUCACGACUCACACCAAGUACGCCCUCAAGUACCGGCAAGAGGACGGGCAGGCGCACAACGAGAGAAGCACGCUCGUGUGAUCCGCCGCCACGCAGCUUCGUCAGAUCUCCUGCCGACAGACGCUGAGGCGAGAGGCGUCGCCCUCCGGAGUGCGGCCGUGUGACGCUGCGUCGGCCUCUGUGGUGCGUAAGGCGCCAUCGCGGUGCUGGAGGGACCGAAGGGA